AUGAAACAAACUUUACCAAACGAUUAUGGAGCACCUAUUGAAUAUUUCUUACGAGCUGCACAAUGGCAAAGAGCAGUCUCACCAAGGUUAGGUGUUCCACCAGCUCCUGUCAAAAAUAGCAUUUGGUCAAGUCCUUAUAUAAAAUAUGGUCUCCCACUAGGUUUGCUAGCUACAGCAGGAGCAGUUAUGAUGUUGAAAAGAAAUAAAGCAAAUGUUGUAAAUAAUACUGAAGUAGCUGAAGUUAAACAAACUCCAACACCUUCACAAGCAAAACCUUCAAUGACUCCUGAACCUAUGGAAGUACAAACUCCUGUUCAAAAGUCAACUCCUAAACCGACUCCAACAUUUAAACCAGAACCUACUCCUCAAAUAAAUCGUAAAACUCCUGCGUUUCCUUACUGA